AUGGAUCGUCUGAAGAAGAUUUUUUCAGCAGAAGAUGUUUUGUCCGAAAUUACUGGAAGCUACGAUGAUGAGCUUGAUGAAAGUGAAGACAGCGAUGGAGAUAUGCUCGAGGAAUGCGAAGACGAUCAUAUUAUAACUCAACGAGAACCGACCACAGAAAGGGAGACAGAAAAAGAGUGGCAGAAAAACCCAGUCCUUGCCGGUGUCGUGAGCAAUCCAGUCCCCCCGAGCAAUUCUGCCCCCCUAGGACCCCAAUUGACAAUUGUAAAAAACACAAAUGCCCAUGGAGCGAGUAUGCAUAGAGGACAAAAAACGUGGCAGGAUAUUUCUUUGGACGAUCUAUAUUCAUAUCUGGCACUUGUAAUAUUCAUGGGUGUGGUGAAACUCCCAGCACUGACUGAUUACUGGCGGAGAUGUGACACUUUUGGGAAACCCUUUCCUGCUAAAGUCAUGUCUGCUAGGAAAUUUUAUUCAAUCUCUGCUGCACUGCAUCUCAGUGAUCCAAAGGUGGAUGCUGACAACAACAGAAAAAAAGGAACACCUGGCUAUGACCGUCUCUGCAAGAUAAAGCCAAUGUAUCUGGAAAUGAGAGAUGCAUGUAAGAACUUUUUCCAUCCGUUUCAAAACAUUGCUAUUGAUGAGAGGAUGGUGGCAACAAAAGCGAGGAAUGGACUAAAACAGUACAUGAAGGGAAAACCAACAAAAUGGGGAUAUAAACUCUUUGUACUUGCAGACUCACAGUGUGCAUACACAUGGGACUUUUUUAUAUAUGAGGGUAAAUCACCUGCAGCACACAUCCCACAGAACAAUGGACUUAGUUAUGAUACUGUCAUGUCACUGGUUGAUGAGAAGAUGUUAGGAACAGGCUACAAAUUGUUUGUUGAUAACUUCUACACCAGUCCAACACUGUUUCGAGCUCUCCGUGACAAAAAUAUCUGGGCUUGUGGGACUAUUCGGUCAAACCGGGUGGGCUACCCUAAAACCACAAUAAACAAGCUUCCCAAGAAAGCUCCUCGUGGCACUCAUCGUUGGUUGAGAGAAGGAAACUUGCUGUUUGUGGAAUGGAAGGACACGAGAGAGGUACAGAUGUGCUCCACCAUUCACAGAGGGACAGGAGGAGGUGGUGUUGUAAAAAGGAAAGUGAAAGGAGGAAAUGGACAGUGGCAAUCUUUGGAUAUACCCGUUCCAGACUGUGUUGCAGAAUAUAACAGGUCCAUGGGCGGAGUUGAUGUCUCGGAUGCACUCAUUGGCUACUACACAGUGUCACACAAAACAAGAAAGUGGUAUCGUACCUUUUUCUACCACUUUGUGGACAUUGCUAUUGUAAACGCUUUCAUCAUCCACCGUCAGAUGGCCUGUAUGAGGAAUCAGAAGUCACUGGCACAGAAAGAAUUCAGAGAGCAGCUUGUAAAAGAACUUUUUGCAUUGGUGUACGGUACGGUUCCUUCACCUCGUACAUCCACCAGUAAUGAGACUCGUCACUUACCAGGGAACUUUGCUUCUAGCAGCACUAAAGGGAGGCGUCAAUGCAAACCAAUUGGUAACCGCUGUGUUAUUUUUCCACACCUGUGCCUCAUCAGGCUGCAUUUGUCCCUAGAAAACUACAGGAAGUUCCGGUGUUUCAGCACGUACCUAGAAGAGGAAGGAAAAGUCCAGUCUUGUAUAACACUUGCCUUUGCUUACAAUACGUACCUAGAAAAGAAAGGAAAAGUCCAGUCGUGUGUAACACUUACCUUCGCUUGCAGCACGAACCUAGAAGAGGAGAAAAGUCCAGUCCUGUGUAACACUCACCUUGCUCGCAGCACGAACCUAGGAGAGGAAGAAAAUGUCCAGUCUCGAGAGAAGGGUAGCGCGCCACGGGUUCAAGAGAGCAAACCUCAAGGGCUCGGUGCCCCUGCCCCUGUGGGAGCCCCGCCUGGAGGCAUGAAGAAACUACUGUUUUAA